AUGAUCCUUAUAUCCCGUUAUACCUCUGGUCUGAGACGCCGCCACCAGCCUACCCAGACAACAGCAAUACAGCAUAAGAUUCACAUGAAUGGCGCCAGCCACCCCAAGAUUCACAUGAAUGGCGCCAGCCACCCCAAGAUUCACAUGAAUGGCGCCAGCCACCCCAAGAUUCACAUGAAUGACGCCAGCCACCCCAAGAUUCAUAUGAAUGACGCCAGCCACCCCAAGAUUCAUAUGAAUGACGCCAGCCACCCCAAGAUUCACAUGAAUGACGCCAGCCACCCCAAGAUUCACAUGAAUGACGCCAGCCACCCCAAGAUUCAUAUGAAUGACGCCAGCCACCCCAAGAUUCACAUGAAUGACGCCAGCCACCCCAAGAUUCACAUGAAUGACGCCAGCCACCCCAAGAUUCACAUGAAUGACGCCAGCCACCCCAAGAUUCACAUGAAUGACGCCAGCCACCCCAAGAUUCACAUGAAUGACGCCAGCCACCCCAAGAUUCACAUGAAUGACGCCAGCCACCCCAAGAUUCACAUGAAUGACGCCAGCCACCCCAAGAUUCACAUGAAUGACGCCAGCCACCCCAAGAUUCAUAUGAAUGACGCCAGCCACCCCAAGAUUCACAUGAAUGACGCCAGCCACCCCAAGAUUCACAUGAAUGGCGCCAGCCACCCCAAGAUUCACAUGAAUGACGCCAGCCACCCCAAGAUUCACAUGAAUGACGCCAGCCACCCCAAGAUUCAAAUGAAUGACGCCAGCCACCCCAAGAUUCACAUGAAUGACGCCAGCCACCCCAAGAUUCAUAUGAAUGACGCCAGCCACCCCAAGAUUCACAUGAAUGACGCCACCACCCCAAGAUUCAAUGAAUGA